AUGUUUGUUUUUGUUUUGUUACAGACCGAGCUGUCCCACAACUUGCAGCAACUCUCCGAAAGAGCCAAAUCGACAACGGAAUUCAUCCAACGUCUUAAGGGGAUGAGUGACAAAGUUAACGAAAACUGCGAGGAAUUUGAAGGCAUCGUGGCGGCUCAAUGCGACGCACUGAUCGAGGCGCUGCUGAGGCGUCGCGAUCAGCUGAUAGAGUGCAUCAGACAGGACAAAGAGCUGAGGAUGCGAGCGCUGAAGGAGCAAGUUGCUACUUGCACGUCGCGCCUGCAGCAGACCACCGCUUUGCUGCAGUUCUGCAUCGAGGCCUUGAAGGAGACUGACAGCACCGCGUUCCUGCAGGAGGUGUACUGCGGCGUGGAGACGAUCUGCACCGUGGACGGGCUCCACUUCCGCUGCUUGUACCACGCGCGCGUCAAGGCCUUCAACGGAUCAGGCGAAGGGGAUUACAGCGAACUAAUAGGUUUACAGACUGCCGAAGUUGCUUGGUUUACCUUCGAUCAGAUCCUGUCCGGGCCUGGGUUGCAAUAUUCCGAAGACAGUACCACCGUCACCGGUGAGGGUUGGGAGCAUCGAGUCGCCUUAGGAAGCGUCGGUUUCAGUCGCGGCGUUCACUACUGGGAAUUCAGCGUCGACAAAUUCGAUGCCGACACUGACCCGGCGUUUGGCAAAGACGAGAAAGGCUGGGCGAUGUACAUCGACCGGCAGCGCUCGUGGUUCCAGCACGCGGGCGCGCAUGAGCAGAGGGUGGAGGGGGGAAUUCAGCCCGGUUCCACCAUUGGCGUGCUGCUGGAUCUAAAUCAGCACUGCCUCUCGUACUACGUCAACGACGAGCCGCAAGGCAACGUCGCCUUCAAGAAUCUGUACGGGGUCUUCUACCCCGCCAUCAGCAUCAACAGGGGGGUGAGCGUGACGGUGCACACGACGCUGGAUGCGCCCUCUGACGCGGAGGAUACUUAA